AUGAAGAUAAAAGAUGAUGAGAGCAACAAUAGUAAUGAACCCAUCUCUGUUCUCGAUACACGGCGGAGUCCAAGCCCUUCCACCUCAACCUCCACCUUAUCCUCCUCCUUCGGUGGCGGUGGUAAUGGCUGCACCACCACCGCUGCUCCAUCGCUAGGUGUCCCUGACCCUGACAUUAACAACCACCAUCACCUUCAACAAAAAUGGCCGGAUUCUGUUCCGCAGGAAAUGUGCAUGUCUGGGUCUCUGGCAAAUAUUAGCGGUGAAGGUGGCCGGAAAGAUGAGUGGUCGGAGCUACAACCCAUCCCGGCGGAAUUUGAGCUUCAACAACGAAGAUUCGGAGUUGGAUUGGAAGAUUGGGAAAGCUUGUUAUCUGAAUCAGCGGCUUCUCCGGCACAAGACCAGUCUCUUCGGUGGAUCUCCGGCGACUUUGAUGACACAUCUUUGAGUCUUCAACAGCUCUUGCAGAGCAACCAAAUUGACCAAAAUGCCCCUCCCGCCACCACCGUUUCUGAAACUCCGGCGCCUCCAAAUUUUCACCCACAAAACCCACUGUUCUUCCCCUUCUCUAACCCUGAUCAAAACCCCCCUCCACAUCUAACGCCACCGCCGCAGAUACAGUUCCACCAUCAUCAGGGUCUCCUAAAAGCUCCGGUCUUUCACCAGGGUCUUCAGAAAUCUCCGGUGUUCCAUCAAAAUGUUCAGAAACCUCCUGCUUCCGAUCUGGGGCUUCAGAAGGCUUCGGUUAAUCAGGGUUUUCAGAAAGUUGCGAUUUCGAAUCCGGGUCACGAGUUACAGCUCAAGAAACCAUUAAUGGUCCCCGGAACAAAACAAGGACCACCGGCCCACCAGCAGCACCACCACCCCCAGCAGCAGCAGCAAAACCAGCUUAUCUGUGACCAGCUAUUCACCGCGGCUGAGCUAAUCCUAUCUGGGAACUUCACACACGCGCAAGGGAUAUUGGCGCGGCUCAAUCACCAGUUCUCCUCGGCUCCGGCACCACAUAAGCCUUUACAAAGGGCGGCUUUUUAUUUCAAGGAAGCAAUGGGAUCUCUAAUCUCAAAUUCAAAUCCCAACAAAAUCACUCAACCCUUUAAUGGCGUCUUCAAGAUGGGAGCUUAUAAAUUGUUUUCAGAAGUUUCUCCGAUCAUUCAGUUCAUAAACUUCACUUCAAAUCAAACAAUUCUCGAGGCUCUUGGUGAUGCUAAAAACAUUCACAUCAUUGAUUUUGAUAUCGGAUUCGGUGCACAAUGGGCUUCCUUCAUACAAGAGCUUCCAUUAAAAAACAACAAUGGCGGCGGUGGUCCCUGUUCUUUGAAAAUCACUGCUUUCGCGUCACCUUCAACCCACCAUCCAAUCGAACUUGGACUCAUGCACGAAAACUUAUCACAUUUCGCUCAUGAAAUCGGGAUUUCAUUCGAGCUUGAAGUUGUGAACUUUGAUUCUUUCGAUCCAAGGUCGUUUUCAGUAUCCGGGAAUGAAGCCAUUGCUGUUAAUUUCCCAAUCUGGUCGGCUUCCACCCACUUAUCCGCCAUUCCUUCCAUUCUCCAUUUCGUGAAGCAACUCUCCCCAAGAAUCGUGGUUUCACUAGAUCGUGGGUGUGAAAGGACGGAUCUACCCUUCCCACAUUAUCUUCUCCAGGGUCUCCAGUACUACGAAGUUCUCUUAGACUCCAUUGAUGGUGGCAAUGUUGUUUCAGAGAUAUCAAACAAGAUCGAAAGGUUCCUUUUCCAGCCUCAAAUCGAAAGCAUGGUGUUGGGAAAACUUCAAAUCCCUGAACCAAUGCCCCAUUGGAGGUCACUUUUUACGGCUGGAGGAUACUCCCCUGUUCUUCUAAGUAAUUUUGCAGAAACUCAAGCAGAUUGCGUGGUGAAGAGGAUGCAAAUUCAGGGAUUUCAUAUUGAAAAGAAACAGGCAUCGCUUGUUCUUUGUUGGCAGAAUCGAGAACUGAUGACUGCUUCAGCUUGGAAGUGCUGA